UUCAAAACCAGAAUUAAAAUAUUAACAGAUAAAUCCAGAUCACAGACUAGAAAUAUUAUUGUAUAUAUAAAUACUUUAUGGUUUGCGGACCGACGAAAAUUCAUUAAAGCAUCCCUUCUACAGCGGUUCUGGAUUUUGAGGAUAAUUUUUACGGUGUCUAAGAGGGAGAGAAGAUGAAGAUCACGGCUUUGCUGGUAUUAAAAUGCAAUCAGGAGGGUUCUGAUCCGGUGAUAUUAGCGAAUGCAUCGGAUGUGAGCCGUUUUGGGUUCUUCCAGAGGUCUAGCGUCAAAGAGUUUAUUGUCUUCGUGGGUCGGACGGUGGCGAAACGGACCCCACCUGGACAACGCCAGUCCGUGCAGCACGAAGAGUACAAGAUCCAUUCAUACAAUCAGAAUGGGUUGUGUGCGUUGGGUUUUAUGGAUGAUCACUACCCAGUUCGAAGUGCAUUUUCAUUGCUCAAUCAGGUCCUCGAUGAAUACCGAAAGACUUUUGGCGAUUCCUGGAAAAUUGUACAAGCUGAUAAAGUUGAACCAUGGCCCUAUUUAAAUGAAGCACUCAACAAGUUUCAGGAUCCUGCUGAGGCUGAUAAGCUGUUAAAAAUCCAGAGGGAGUUGGAUGAAACCAAAAUUAUUCUUCAUAAAACUAUUGACAGUGUCCUGGCUCGAGGUGAGAAGCUAGAUAGUUUGGUUGAGAAGAGUUCAGAUCUCAGUGCAGCUUCUCAGAUGUUCUACAAACAGGCGAAGAAAACCAACCAAUGCUGUACAAUCUUGUAGAUGCUUCUGAAGCCAGUGGAUUAUUGAAACUUGAAGUUACUUGGUAUAAUGUUGAAUGUGUGGAGUCGCAAACUUAUCUAUAUCAUUUAUAAAAUGUUUCGAGGCUGGAUUCUUUUGGUUCUUUACCCAUGUGUAUCUUGGUUUACAGCUAAGGGAAAGAUGGAUACUGACUUUGUUAGUAUAUUGGGAAUGUUGUUGUUUCUAUAUAUAUGAUUUCAGCGUGCUUUCUAUUUACAGUAGCUUUAUUCAGCCCAGCCGUGAAUGGUAUGGAGAUAAUUUCAUCUUUGGUGAAUAGUAUACUAUUUUUCUCC